AUGGCCGAGGCUGGGGACUCUGGACAUUCUCUCCACGGGCGUUACCGGGAGCUGGUGGCAAAGGCAGAGGCGCUGCGAGAUGCGGACACGCGGUCCGAGGUGGUGCGGACACAGAUCGAGGCCACGCUGGGUGCGCUUGAUCAGCUGCUGCAGGCCAUUGAUGCAGCGGGAGUGUUUUCGCGGAACGAAGAGCUGGAGGAUGUGCGGUCGCAGGAUCUUCCGCUGCUCUCUGCACGCUUCCACAUGGCGCUACUGCUGCCGGCGGUGCAGGAUACGCCGUUCGAGGCCAAGGCCCGGCUGCGGCGGGUGCUUGCGGCUUGGAUCAAGAUGAACGAGUUUCUUGCGCUUGCUGAGCACUACGGCAUCGUAACUGCCGAUCAGAUUGAUGCGGCGGCCAAGCUGGACGAACUCUCGCACGAUGACCGGCGGACCAUCAAGAUUGCGCGGGCGCGCGAGGCGUCUGCUCUCAAGCGGCGCGCGGGCGAGCUGGAGACGGCCGUGGCGGACGCCGACGAGGCGCUUAUCGAUCUCAACCCAGAGCUGGAGGAGGAGUAUCGCGAGAUGCAUCUGUGCGCGUUCAAGUCGAAUGUGCUGACGGCUCUGGACGAGGCGCUGAUGCUCCAGCGGGAGAUUGGGGCGCUCAAGCAAAUGGCAGCGCGCGAAGCUCAGCGCGACCCGCGCGAGCGGCAGCUGGAAGCCGACCGCGAGCGCGCUGCGGCGUCGUCUUCGGCUGGUGCCUCCUCUGGCCCGGCCAUGUCCAAGGUCACCAUCUCGCCGGCCGACGUCGAGCGGAUGCGGGUGUUUUCCAACCCCAACAAGCCGACGAUGUCGAUCGAGGAGUGGGCCGAAGCGCAGAUGGCGGCGGGCAAGCUGCCGUCUCCCGAGGACGUCCAAGUGAUGAUGGCAGAGCAGGCUCGCAAGCUUGCGGCUGCACAGUCGGGCGAGCCCGAUGAGGCCAACGACGACCCUGAUGGCGAGUCGGACGCUGCCGUCUACGCAGCCCGCGAGUGGGACGACUUUAAGGAUGCCAACCCGCGCGGCUCGGGCAACAUGAUGGCGAACAACGGAUAACUGUGGUUUCUGGUGUGGCACAGCAGGAAGAAUUGAACUGGUACAUGCAAGCAAUA